AUGUCUCGACUGCACUUUAAGGGCGGGGCCUGGACAAACGCCGAGGAUGAGGUGAUGAAGGCAGCACUGGCUCAGUACGGCCUUCGGGAUUGGGAACGGGUGGCCUCGAUGCUGACCAAGAAGACUGCCACGCAGUGCCGCGAGCGGUGGGAAAACUACCUGGACCCGCGGCUGAACAUUCACGAGGCGUGGAGCCUCGAGGAGGAGGAAAAGCUAGUCGAGUUUCAGGCGCUCUUCCCGCACAAGUGGCGCCUCAUUGCGGAGCAGCUGACGCGGCGUACGCCGAAUCACUACAUCCGGCCAGCGUGGUUGUGCGAGCAGCGCUACCUGGAACUCAAGGAUGAGCAAGAGUACUACCUGAAGGAGCAGCAGCAGCAGCUCAAAGACGUACCUGGCGGAGCAGCAGGUGAGAAGCAGAGCUUAGAGUCCUUCAUGGCGGAGCGGCGUCGACGGCGCAUCGCGCGCAAGACGCAUGAAGAGCGCGCCUCCAGGGCCGACACCGUGAGCGGUGAGCGCUGCGAGAGAGAGAUGAUCGACAUGGCCACUAGCCGCCUCGCUAAUCAGGACCAGAAGAAAGGCCUCCGCAAAGAGCGUCAGCAGCAGCUGGCAGAGGCAGCUUUCCUCGCCAAGCUGGAGAGCAAUCGCGAGGGCAUCGAGUCCGGCACUCUGUCGCUGCGCCAAACUCGAAAGAUGAAGAAGGCCUUGGAGGAGGACUGGCAGACAUCUGGUCUGGUUGACGAAAUUGCAGAGCCCGACGAGGACGACGACGCGAGCGGUGAGGCGCGCGACUCUGGCGAGAAUGAGGACGACGAUGAACGAUUCGAGGCGAUCGACAUGUACGAGGAUCAGCAGAAGGCCGGCCUCGUGAAGAAGCAGCGGGUGCUCAUGAAGGACCUGACGGAGCAGCAGCGCCUUAUCCAACAGCGACAGAUGGACAGCGCCACGGACGCAGACGGUGACGAUGAAGCGACAGCGUUUUCCAGCGGUAGCAGCCGCGCUCGUGCGGCACUUACAGGAGUGAACCAAGAUCUGCUGAAGCAACUCACAUCUGUGCCGAUGUCGACGCCACCGUUGCCUCUGGAGAACAAUGCGUCUGGCAUUCGUGCCAUCGCCGCAGCUGGCAGGUCCGUCGCCGGCGCCAGCUCAAUCGCUGAGGCUGCAGCAGCGGAGGCAAAAGAAGAACUCAAGAGCACCCUGGCUGACCUCUUUGCCACCCUGCCCUCGGCUGCUCGGGUGGCACCCCCGACCGCCUUGACGAGUCCCGGCACGGGCGUACCGCCACCGCCUCCCCUACCACCGCUGAAGCGUCCUCGCGAAGCGUUGAAGCCGGUGUCAGUGACUGGAGAGGAAAACAGGGAUGGCAGCUAUCCUAGCGAAGUUGCACAGCAGCAAGCACCUGAGCAACCUUCUCGUUAUGCAGACAGCAGCAGCGUCAAAGCGAAGCGCAGUGACAGCGGUGCUCUGACAGACCUCUUCGACCCACUGGACACCCCUGCGCCUCGCAAGGUACCAAAGAUGGGCAUCGCGGCGACCGCAGCAGCCGACCGCAGCAACGGCGUUUCCAGGAGAGACGAGAUUCGUGCGCCAAUCCCUGCGAAUGCGGACUCUUCAGAUGCCGUCGCCACCAGCACCAGCGCUGCCGACGCGCAGCACAGCAUCACCUUCACAGAAGUUGAGGCAGAGAUGCGCAUGCAAGAUGCACGUCGGUGGGUCGCUGUGGAGUGCGAACGAGCAACGGCCGCUGCGGCAACAAGCACGACUCCCGAGGAUGAACGGCCCACGCCGGCGGAGAUCCGCGCCGCUCAGUGCCUUGUCGAGCAGGAGCUGUGCUCUGUCGAUGGAGCAGCCACUGAUAGUGCCCGCGUGGCCAACGGAGGAAACGCGAAAAGGCCAACACAGCUACAGCACUCACCACCGAUGGCAGCGGUCGUGCGUGUGCACACGUCUGGCGAAGGUCUUCAGGCGUACAGUGCUCAGGUGAACGUGCAGCAUGCGUUGUACCAGCUGAGUCAACGAGUUGCCGCGCAAGUACGGGAGGCUAACGCAAUCCUGCAGCCGCUUCGACAGGAGUGGGAACAGGUGAUGUCGACGGCGAUGCUCAGCCCGAAGGACAUGCACGCCCUUCACGGGUAUGUUCGCGACGACGGACAGUUGAAGGGCUCGCCGACUGCGGGGGACAGCGCAGAGAAUCAUGAGGGGGACGGUCUGGCUCUGCCUUCCGUCGCUGCCUACGUGUGCGAGCGCAUCGUCGGUCAGCUGCAGCGUGCGCGGCUGGCGUCACGCUUUAUGAAGGAACUGCGGGACCGUGAGGCCUUGAAGAUGCGCCGCGACUUGGAUGCGGUGGAGCACGACCUGCAGGAGGCGCAGGCUCGCGAACGUACGCUGCAGGCCGUAUACCGUCACACGCGUGCACAACAGCCCUGA